AUGACUGUGAAUGAUCACAAGUAUUAUACAUAUAAUGCACAAGGCACACCUCUGAGCCCUGAUGGACAAGAAAGUGGUCCUUCUUGGAACCAAGCAAGACAAUGGCACCUUCUUCAUCAGUCUUCCCAUCUUCCUCUGGAUUCAUUUAGCCACUGCGCUAAAUGCUUGACCUUUACUUGGAACACAAUUUUCUCCAUUAUAGGAUUAUUCAUUUUGGCCAUAGGAAUUUGGGGGCUCUCCGAGAAGGAAUCUCUGGAAAGUGAACGAAUAACAAAUUUGGGCAGUGACCCUAUGCUUUUUUUUGCAUUAGUGGGACUAGUAGUUACAUCUAUAUCCCUUUUGGGCUGUACAGGAGCCCUCUUUGAAAGCAUCUUUCUUCUGAAGCUUUUUACUGGAGGAAUAAUAAUUUUUGUGGUUUUGGAAGUUUUGGGAGGAAUCGUCAUCUUUUCUCUGAGACAACACAUCAAGGCUUCCUUGCAAAAUUUUCUUACGGUGGCCAUGUUACAGUACCAGGAUGACCUAGAUCUCCAGUUCAUUAUGGAUGAAAUUCAAUCAGGUCUCCAAUGCUGUGGAGUAAAGUCUUAUCUGGAUUGGAAAGCAAAUAUGUAUUUUAACUGCACUUCUCCAGGUGUGCAAGCCUGUGGCGUUCCUGCAUCGUGUUGUCUGAAUCCACUGGAAAAUGGUACCAUCCUGAAUUCCCAGUGUGGCUUUGGCACCCUGGGCAUGGAGGAGUUUGCAGUUCAAAGCACCAUCUAUCUUGGAGGCUGUGUUCCCCAGUUAAACAAGUGGCUCAAUAGUCACGCAGGAACAAUAGGCUUCUUUGCUGUAGUUUUGGUUGUGAUCGAAGUAGGUAGCCUGCUUCUGGCCAUUAAGGUCCUGGCAGGCAUUGCUUCUGCUCGGACUCAGCAUUAUAGUGGGAAGGAGGGCACGCAUUAGUUCUCCUAUUGGGAGAGAUGGAUGUAUUCAUAAUCUUUUGAGGAAUACAAUAUAAAGUAUUAUAUAAUAUCAUUUGUACUAGUUAAUUUACUCAGGAUAAAAUGGACGGGGGGGGGGGACAAAAGUAGAUUUUCACAUGUAUUUAUCUUGCCCAUUCUCCUAGUUCCCUUUGUUUUCUGAUAACUCCUACCACCUCUUCACUCUGUGGUCAGAAAAAGAGGAAUAAUGUAGCAGAUGACCUUUACACCCAGGCUACUUCCCUAUAAAUCUAGCAACUCAUUAUUCAUAGUAAUAUCUCAAAAUCAUUCAUUCCUGAUUUUGAUAUGGAACUACUUUCAAUCCAGGUAAAAGGUAAAGGCUCCCCUGCACUUGCAUGCUGGUUAUU